AUGGUCUCCUUAAUCAUCUAUGGUGCGACCGGCUAUACUGGCCGGAUGGCCAGUGAACACGCCAAGAGCAUUGGUUUGGACUUCGCCCUGGCCGGCCGGUCAGAGCAGAAUCUACAGGAUCUAGCGUCUCGACUUGAUGUCCCUUACUACGCGUUCGAUCUAAGCGACCAAGAAAUUGUUGAUUCCAUGUUGAAAGACACAUCUGUCGUCCUCAACUGCGCCGGUCCAUAUGUUCGAACCGCCAAGACCCUUAUGGAAGCAUGCAUACGGAACAGAACACAGUACCUCGACAUCUCGGCGGAAAUUGGAACCUACCAGCAAGCACAAGAGUACGAUACUGCUGCACAGGAAGCUGGUAUCAUGCUCCUCCCCGGCUGCGGCGGCAGCGUUGCUAUGCUGGGUUGUCUUGCCAGUCAUGUUAUCGGCCAAGUCGAAAAUCCGAAGAGCAUCGACAUCGCUCUACAUGUGACCGGAUCAAUGUCCAGGGGAUCGGCUCUCAGCGCAUCGAACAUGACAUCCGGAUGUCUUCGACUGGUGGACGGAAACCUGGUUGAACAAGAAAAUCCUCAAACCACGACUUUCAAUUUCGGUGACGGCAAAGGCAACGUACCCUCAUUCCCAGUAACGCUACCCGAUCUCUUGACCAUCUCAAAGUCAUCUGGUCUCAUUAAUAUUGGAACCUUUGUUCAUGCCUCGAGCGACAGUUUUCCGACCGGGGACCUUGACCAGCUUCCUGAUGGCCCGACGGCCGAACAGAGGGAUGCAGCACCGUAUCACGCGGCGGCUGUUGUGACUUCAGAAGAAGGAUUCUCGUACAGAGCGGUGCUGCAUACUGUCAACGGGUAUUCCUUCACCGGCUUGGCCUCGGUGGAGGCCGCAAGACGAGUUUUGGAAAAGGAGGCGAAACCCGGAUUUCAGACCCCGGUGCUUGUUUUUGGAAAGGAUUUCAUCCGGGCGAUACCGAAUACAGAGAUCAUUGAAGAUUAG